AUUAUUCUUUAAUCCAAAAUUGAUUAUUCUUUGAAGACUAGAAAGGAUUCAAAGGCACUUGGACAAGAUCAACAAGCCCCCUGUCCUCACCAUAGUUGCUAUUGGAUGUUGUUAUUAUUAUUAUUUUCAGAGUGCAGAUGGUGAUAUCAUAGAUUGUGUUCACAAAAGAAAACAACCAGCUCUUGAUCCCUGUUCACUCUUGUUCUUUCGUCGCUCGCUUAACAAUGGGAGCGGUGAAGUUAGUCUUUCAUUCUUCGCCGCGUAUAGAUGGCGUUUCUGUUGAUCCUGAACCCGAUUGGAGCUUCGACGCUCUCGUUUCGGAGCUCAAUACCUUGGAGGCGAAGCUCGCCACUACUUCGGUUACUUCCUCGCAGUUCCAGAAAACAAUGCCUACUUGGAAGAGAGGAGGUGAGAGAGGUAAACCUUUCGUGUUGCGUGCUCAAGAAUUUGAUUUGGAUGACACAGAGAGCGACGAUGAUGGGGAUAACAAAGCUUUGGUACCUGUCAAACGAUUCAAUUGCGAUGAACUUUAUCUGAGGUGCCUCUUUCUUCUUGAACCCUAGUCAAUUUGAAUACCC